UGGAAAUGGAAGAUCACGCCUCAGUGGGAGGGUGAUCCUCCCCAGGGGCUCGGUCCGCUCAGAUACCCCAGGAUGAUUCCUUUGAGGAAAGGGUCAAACUUUUGAUGUCGAUGUGUUACGAUGAGGGCAUUAUGCCCGAUGAGAUUCCCUUUGAGGAUGUCUCGAUCGAUGGUAAUGAAGCCGUGGUGACUGUAGAUGGGGACUUCGACGAGAUCAAAAUCCAAUGGUUGAUGGAAAGAACGGUGGUAAUCCUAUUUAGAGAAGCAGCGAGGCACCUGCCGAGGAAAGUAAAGGAGGAUCUGGUACGAGCUUACGAGAACAGGUGGCGGAGGGAUGACAUCUUCGAUCCUCCUGUCAAUAGAGGUCGGGUUAAGUUCGAAGGUCCCAAUAUGAUUUCCUAUGUUUCGAAGGACAAGGUAGUAGCUGAAUGGAUGGUGAGUCAGGGCGAAGGCGUGGUUCAACUUAGAGGGAGAAGUUACCACUUUGAGAUGAAACCCUGGAUGACGAAAUCGGAUUGGAAGGAAUUCCGUAGGGCGGAAGAAGAAAAAACUUUCUGGGUAAUGGGGCUGCAAGUACCCCUCGAUGCCUACGUGUAUUUCAAAUCGGCCUUGGCGUACGUAAUAGGCCCAGUCACUCGUGACUUCCUGCCGGAUUGUUUCGGUACGGACCCGAGAUUGGCCAACAUCAAGUGUGAGAUCGAUGCCAACUACCGGUCGAGAUUAGUUGAUCGGAUAUGGGUGAGAACAAAACAGGGGGACAUGAUAGAAGUCAAGUUAGUCUCAUCCUCUACACCCUACUGCAGGAACUGUAGAUGGUACAACCACACUGUGGAUGAGUGCACUAGGAGGAACACCCGCCCCAUGAACAGGCGUGGUAUUCAGGAGGUGGACAGGGAGGUAGAUGACCUGUUGGAAAACUUGUCGAUUCAGAACGAGCCACGUAGAGGAAGAUCGAGACAAAGUCGUGCUCACCCCGUUACCUGGGCAAGGAAGGCGGACACCACAGAAGCCAUGUGUAAGUACGCUGUGCUCUACUUCAAAGAUAUUCUCAUCUCACAAGGACCGGAGGAGGACCCAGACACAAAUCUGGCAGAGGGAUCAGAACACUGGGACAAUACCACAGUAAAACUCACUCACGCAGGCAGACUCGACCUCGAGAGACUUGUCUCGUCAGAAGAGGUGUCAGAAACUGUAAAGCAUAUGGCAAAAGGUAAGGCUCCGGGCAGGGAUGGCCUACCAGUUGAGGUUUACCAACAACAUAGUGACGUUCUCAUCCCUCACCUAGUUGGAAUCUUUAACGAAGCUCUCUCAGGAGGUCGCCUUUCUCGGGGUAUGGCACAUGGGAUCAUCACGGUGAUGUGUAAGAAGGGAGACAAGGCCAACGUUAGAAACUGGAGGCCUAUUUCACUGCUGAACGUGUCGUACAAAAUUAUAGCUAAGCUGCUUGCAAGACGGUACCUCCCGGUGCUGGUAGACAGGGAUCAGGCAGCGUUCGUUCAGGGGAGAUCUAUUUUCGAUAACAUAGUAACGGCGAUCGAGGUGUUGGAACAGGUACAACAGGAGAACCUUGACGUUGCAGUUCUGUUACUGGAUCUGGAAAAGACCUACGAUCGAGUGAACUGGACCUAUGUUCUGACCACGUUGAGGAAACUGAACUUUGGACCCAAUUUCCGCAGAUGGGUCCGGGUACUGUACACCCUCUCAACAGCCUCAGUCUCGAUCAAUGGCCACAUCUCUGCACCUUUCGCUCUCUCUCGAUCGCUGAGACAGGGUUGCCCGCUGGCACCCCUGCUUUUUGUGUUGCAGCUAGAAGUUUUAAUGUCAAACAUUAGAGUGCACCCUCACAUCAGAGGCCUGCCAAUCCAACACCGCGAAUGCCGCGUCAAGGCACUGGCUGACGACCUUAUGGCCAUCUCUGAAAACUCAGUUCAAUCUCUUAGUGCACUUAAAUCGUGUUUGACGGAAUACGCGGGUCUGUCGGAAGCAGUCGUGAAUUGGAAUAAAUCUGUAUUUUUCUUACCGGAUAGGUACGCGAUUACGGUGGAAUGGGGAAUGAAGCAAGUGGACGGUGGCAACGCAGAACGGUACUUGGGUGUCCAGAUUGCGCUUAGUAAGUGCGCGGAUGCCCAAAAUGAUUUGCUCCAGCAGAGAAUCGUGCGCAGAAUCGCAAUAUGGGGGUCAUCCCAACACCUGUCCUUGUUCGGAAGAGCACUAGUCACAAGUGUGGCUUUGUUCUCGAUGUUAUGGUUCGUGGGAAUGGUCAGAACGUUAGGCAAGCAGCUGCUGAAAGUGGCUCGCAGAGCAGCAACCAGAUUAAUCUGGAAACCACACGGGGAGGCUGAUGCAGGUUUCAUCUUGAAGAUUGCAUGGGAACUCCUUUGUUGCGACCGCACUGAGGGUGGACUGGGCAUGCUGGAUCCCGGUCGACAAAACAACGCGUUACUGGCAAAAUGGGUCACCAGAGCGGUCAACAACGAAUCAGAGGACCAUUGGGUGCUAUUGGCGGAACAGCUUCUGGCAGAGGAUUGGAAACUGCCAAGAGUCAGCGAUGUAUGGACGUGCUGUAUGCUGGAUUCCUUUUUGAGGCGGCAAGUUAAAUCUGAAUUUUGGAAAGGAGUCCUCCAAGCAUGGAGGAAAAUGGCCCCCCGCAUAUGGACUACCCCCACCACAAAGGACGAAGUUCUUUCACAGCCACUAUUCGACAAUCCAGCAAUCAUCGCACCAAACGGAAGACCCUUCUCAGCCGGCUGUGCGAAGGGAGCCUUCGGCCGAGCCUGGAUCAAGAGGGGUGUCCUUCGCGUGGCAGAUCUUUGGAACGCUUUCUCAGGACAAUGGUGUUCCCUUUCAGAAGUGGAGGAUAAACUUGGAAGACUCAGGCAGUGGGAACGCAUCAGUGGCCCAGCGUUCCUCUGGAUGACCACUGGAUCCUGCUCAGGGGAGUCCCGGAAGGACUGCCACUACAUAAAGGCUGGGGCUACGUCGCCCAGGCACUGAGAGCCUGUGUCUUCACGGUCAUCUGGGAAGUAAGGAACAAGUGCGCCUUUGAAGGUCGCUUUCUGUCGGAUGCUACAAUCAAGACCUCAGUGAAGA